AUGCUUUACUCCAUACAUUACUCCAUGCUUUACUCCAUACAUUACUCUAUACAUUAUUCCAUGCUUUACUCCAUACAUUACUCCAUGCUUUACUCCAUACAUUACUCUAUACAUUAUUCCAUGCUUUACUCCAUACAUUACUUCAUGCUUUACUCCAUACAUUACUCUAUACAUUAUUCCAUGCUUUACUCCAUACAUUACUCUAUACAUUAUUCCAUGCUUUACUCCAUACAUUACUCUAUACAUUAUUCCAUGCUUUACUCCAUACAUUACUUCAUGCUUUACUCCAUACAUUACUCUAUACAUUAUUCCAUGCUUUACUCCAUACAUUACUCUAUACAUUAUUCCAUACAUUACUCUAUACAUUAUUCCAUGCUUUACUCCAUACAUUACUCUAUACAUUAUUCCAUACAUUACUCUAUACAUUAUUCCAUGCUUUACUCCAUACAUUACUCUAUACAUUAUUCCAUGCUUUACUCCAUACAUUACUUCAUGCUUUACUCCAUACAUUACUCUAUACAUUAUUCCAUGCUUUACUCCAUACAUUACUCUAUACAUUACUCCAUACAUUACUCUAUACAUUAUUCCAUGCUUUACUCCAUACAUUACUCUAUACAUUAUUCCAUGCUUUACUCCAUACAUUACUCUAUACAUUAUUCCAUGCUUUACUCCAUACAUUACUCUAUACAUUAUUCCAUGCUUUACUCCAUACAUUACUCUAUACAUUAUUCCAUACAUUACUCUAUACAUUAUUCCAUGCUUUACUCCAUACAUUACUCUAUACAUUAUUCCAUGCUUUACUCCAUACAUUACUUCAUGCUUUACUCCAUACAUUACUCUAUACAUUAUUCCAUGCUUUACUCCAUACAUUACUCUAUACAUUACUCCAUACAUUACUCUAUACAUUAUUCCAUGCUUUACUCCAUACAUUACUCUAUACAUUAUUCCAUGCUUUACUCCAUACAUUACUCUAUACAUUAUUCCAUGCUUUACUCCAUACAUUACUCUAUACAUUAUUCCAUGCUUUACUCCAUACAUUACUCUAUACAUUAUUCCAUGCUUUACUCCAUACAUUACUCUAUACAUUAUUCCAUGCUUUACUCCAUACAUUACUCUAUACAUUAUUCCAUGCUUUACUCCAUACAUUACUCUAUACAUUAUUCCAUGCUUUACUCCAUACAUUACUCUGUACAUUACUCCAUGCUGUACUCCAUACAUUACUCUGACCGCCAGCCAAGAAGAACUUCCACAAAUUCGCUGGCUAAGGAGAGCGGCAAGUCCAGGCAGAGGCACAAAGACGCAAAUGCAGCGCCUGUUGUCAGCAAGCGAGCCAGCAUGUGA